AUGUGUGAUACCAGAUUGCUCAUCUACCCACCACCACCGCAGAAGGGGGGAAUAUCUAUCACAACAGAUGACUACUGCUGCCUAGAGGAAGAACAGUUUCUCAAUGAUGUUAUCAUUGAUUUCUAUCUCAAAUGGCUACUACAAAGCAAACUGCCGGAGAUUCACCGCAGCCACACACAUGUCUUCUCAACUUUCUUCUACAAACGGCUAACCUCAAAACCUAAGAGGGGCCGAAGACCCCAUACCACAGAGGAUGAUCCCAAGCUCUCCCCAGCUGAGAAACGACAUGCAAGGGUCAAGUCCUGGACGAAAAAUGUUGAUAUCUUUGAAAAGGAUUUCAUCAUCAUUCCUAUAAAUGAACAUGCCCAUUGGUUUCUGGCAAUAAUAUGCUUCCCUGGCUUAGAUUCCCCAAUAAGAAUCUGUGAUGGCCAGCCUGUUGCACGGCCAAUAUCUGAGAAACCCAAGCGACGUAGAUCUACCAGGCCCAAAAACAGAAUUGAGAUCCCCAUCAUUGAUGAUGGAGAGUGGAGUGACAGGGAUGAGGCUGAGGGAGAAGAGGAUGAACUUGAGGAGGAAGAGGAAGAGGAGGAUGUUCCAGCCACCAAGAAGAACAAACUGGAAGCGGGCAAGGCUGAAGAGGCACAGGGGCCCAAGGAAGCAGCCACCCCACCACCUGCUAUUAAGCAGCCCUGCAUCCUAAUAUUUGACUCCCUGACUGGUGCCAACCGUUCACGCAUCGUGGCCACCUUGAGGGACUACCUGGCUGUGGAGCACAAGAUCAGGAGGGGCAGUGAGAAGCUCUUCAACAGAGACACAAUGAAGGGUGCCUGUCCUCGCGUCCCCCAGCAAAUGAACUACUCUGACUGUGGAAUUUAUACGCUACAAUUUGCUGAGAGUUUUUUUGAGCACCCGCUCAAAGACUACACCUUCCCAAUCCGCUCUCUCACUGAGUGGUUCCCCCACGAGGUGGUCAGGGGGAAACGGGAAGCCAUGGCAAAGCUGAUUCGCAACCUCAUGGAGCAACACAACCCCAACCACAGCUCCAUCACCCUUCCAGACAUUUACUUCAGCUCCGACGACAAGAAGGACAAAGGAGGGACAAGCACGGCCCAUGCCAGUGACGCCUCACAGCCACAGAAAGAGGUGUCAGGUCAGGGAAAACCAGGUGACAGCAAGACCCCAGAGGUGCAGCUGAAGAAGGAGCAAGAGAGGGUCAUCAUUAAGGAUGGCGUUUUAACCCAGGUUGAAGGAUCGGGAAGAGAACAGAAUCACAGGAUGGAUAUGUCCAGCAGUGCUGAAGUAGUCACUUCUCUCCCAAACAGUGACAACACAGCCUGCAUCAAGGUGAACAGAGUGACACCCUCAAAGAUAACACCCACGAAAUCCCCUACUGUCAAUCCAGCCAUGUCCAAAUCCUCCUCCAGUUACACGCCAGUGAAAACGUUACCAAAUUCUAGUAAUAUAAUUACAAGCCAAGUGAACUCUGUGAAAUUUCAAGGCACAACUUACUCACAAGCAAAAGCUAUACCAUCAUCAAGAGUAGGUGAUGCGACAAUUGUACAUGAAACACAAUCUCCUCAGGUGAACAAUGUGAGAAGACAGAUGGUGUACUCUAGUGAUGAUGCCAUUUUCCCAGUCAAAGUUGAUCAAAAAAAAGUUCCUAUGAGAGAAAACAAUGCAGCACAGCUCAGCGAAACACACCAGGGCACAGAGGUCAGUGUAAGUAAGAUGUCAGCUCUCACUUUGCUUCAGUCAGUAUACAGUGAUGAUGAAAGUGUAAUAAGCAACAAGGUGAUGGGGGUCCAGUAUGAUGGCAGCAACUGUUUGAAUCAGAUGAAGUCUGGCCCCAGUGUAGUGCAAGGUAAUGAAAAAGUGGCUCUGCCAGAAAUGAACGGUGCACUGGAACAGGUGGCAAGGGAGAAAACUCAGACGUCGGUGCAGAAUGUGGUAAGUGUAAAUGGUACAGUUCACAGUGAUCUGAAAGGCAACCACAUCAUGCAGGUGUCUCCCAAUAAAAGUCUCCCCAUGCAGUCUCCUGGUCGUAAAUGUAUUGACACCCCCCAGGCUCUGCAUUCCCACCCUCAGGCCAAAAACUUUCCAGCUGCCAGUCAGUAUGUAUCAAAUGUAAAUACUUCCAAUAUAACAGUUCAGAACUUAAAUAACACAAAGACAACUUUCCCAUGUAGUCCAGUUACAAAAUCUCAUCCCCACUCUAUGGCUCCUUCUCCACAGUCCAAGAAAAUAGAGUCAGUGAUGACAGGCAGCCUUGGUGUGGACAAAGUGGGGAACCCGGUGAAGGCAGUCGAGUCCUCUGGCCAGACAGCCAUCAUUGAUGAGGACACGGCUGAGGUGCUACUCAUCAUGCCUGCCAAGAACCAGACAUCCGGCCAGAUUCCUCGGACUGCCAAGAAGCAACUAGAGAAUUCUUCACCAGAAGACGACAGCAUCAUGAUAGAAGAAGGCCCAGGUUUUGGGGGAUAUGUGACAGCUGACCGUCGGCCCAUGAAGAACAGCUUAUCGUCUGGAAUGCCAAAGAUGGGUGCUGUGGGAGGGGGCCAUGAGCGUGGUGACAUAAGACGCAGUGGUGGUGUAUUUGGCACUUCACCACCACACUCUGGGUCUUCCUCUCCCACACAUGCUGGAGGCACUGGCACUCCUGCUGUGUUUAGGUUCAGUGAGCGUGGCACAUCUUCAGGCAGGACUAUUGCUCCUCCCAAGCGUUAUCUUGAUGAGGAUGAGGAGUUAUAUCCAAAAAAACGACGUGAUAAAACAGUACAAGGCAAAGCGCGUAGUAUUGUUAGAUAAAUUCUAGGCGUGUUUGCAGAAACUAGUGAAUAUUACAAGUUUUUAGAAUGAAUUGUGAUGGUGAGCUCCCAGUUCGUACUGGAAGAAUGUCUUGAUUAUCAAAAAUAUAUAUUAUUUUUUCAGGAGAACAAAAAAAAAAAAAAAAA